GUGAUUACUGUGUGUCUGCUGAGGUGUAAGGGGACGGGUGAUUCCUGUCUGUGUUCCGGGGUAUAAGGGGAGGGGGCAAUUACUACCACUGUUUUAACCAGCCUGCAGCUGUAAUCCCACAUCCAUGCAGACCCUCCACUGCUAUCCUUAACCCCGGGCGCUUCUGCUGCCCAGGCCCUGGCUGCUGCUGCUCCCAAGACUUCGCGGGCAUGGGCGGCAACAUCGGACUGGGAAAUAGCUGUGGGGGGCGGUAGCUGGCGGCGACUUUAGCAGGCAUUGGCAUGGGUGUCAGUACAGUAGCGGCGGUGGUAGUGGGCAUGCCUCACCAGCCACUGACCUCACUACACGCCACUGCCUGAGUCACAACCGCACACCUGGGCGGCACAUAGUGCGGCGGCCUCUCACGGCGACUAUAGACGUACACUUCCCCUCCCGUUCCUGUAGGCGGCACUAGUGCGGCCUGGGCUGUCUGUGUGGAUUGGUCAAUCAGCCUUAUCCGGGUUGGGAGGAAGCACUGGGAGUUGCCUUCCCGCACGUCCUCCUGUCAGUCACAGCACAGUGUGUACAUACAGUACAGUAACAGCAGCACUGACUGUUCUGGGGAAGUGGAACAGGAGGAAGAGGGAAGCUGCCGGGUAACAGCCCUGCCUGGGGGAACAGGACGACAGGGGUUUUAGCAGACAUUAGUCCAAUACAGCUCGCGGUUGUUGAAAGUAAGGACACUCAGUGUAGGGGUCCCGUUGAGAGACUAGUUAGGGCCACACAGUAACAACUGAGGUUGUACACCCGAUGUGAAGGGUUACGGUUUUUCCUUGUAGGGGUCUGCUGGUGCGAACAGCCUGAGCAGGGAGGGAGGCGGGCAAUCCGUGUUACCUGGUAUACACCUGUCUGGGUGAUCGGUAAAAUAACUGCUGCCCCAGGGUGCGAGUACUGGCUAUGCCCAGCUUCAGCACUGUGUGGUACGAUGUGAGUGGCCAGGUCUGGUGUUAGCCAUAGUCCUAUAUCCCUGGCAGGAGCUGUAGUUGCACCAGGAAAGGGGGGCAAUACACCGGUCCCGCUGGCAGGGCACAGGCCGGGCAUCCCUGCAUACAGCUGCAGGAUUAUGGGCUCUGAGAGCAGCUCCCUGAGGGGAUUUACCCUCCAGGAUCCGCCAUGGACCCAGCCGUCCGGGCUCACCAUGUAUCCGGCUCUCCUCCAGGAUGGACGCCUGGCCUCCGUUUUCGUUUAUCACCCGGAGAACCAGGAGAUGGUGGACAAGGCAGCGAAGCAUUUGAAAACGUUACGGCACCCAUGUCUUCUACGAUUUCUGUCCUGUAUGGUGGAGGAGGAUGGUAUCUACCUCAUCACAGAGCGGGUGCAGCCUUUAGAAAUGCUUCUCCAGAAGCUAUCAGCUGAUGAAAUCUGUGCUGGGAUAUAUGAUAUACUACAAGCUCUGGUAUUUCUACAUGACCGGGGAAAGGUUUCCCAUAACAACGUUUGCCUGUCAUCCGUGUUUGUAAGUGAAGAUGGACACUGGAAGCUGGGUGGAAUGGAAAUGGUCUGCAAACUGACAGAGGUGGUUCCCGAGUCUGCAGAGUUUGGGGUUGUGCCAGUGUCAUUGAGCCAUGCUCGGGAUGCUUUUUUGUUUGGACGUUUGGCAGAAAACCUGCUGGCACAUGUGAAAGAUCAAACUAAUGUGCACUCCAGCUUCAAGAACACUGUUAAGAACUGUCUUCUUAACCCUGAACCAGAGCUCCGACCUGCUCUGUCCUCUUUACUAUCCCAUGACUUUUUUAGAAAUGAUUUUCUGGAGGUUGUCAACUUUUUGGAAAGUUUAACUGUGAAAAGUGAAGAAGAGAAGAAUGAAUUUUUCAACUCUCUUAUAGACAGAGUCUCCUCUUUGCCAGAGGAGCUAAUCUCCUCAAGAUUGGUCCCCCUACUGCUAAAUCAGUUUGUAUUCGCUGAACCUAUGGCUGUGAAAAGCUUUCUACCCCAUCUUCUUAGACCAAAAAGAGAUAUAAUGGGGCGAAGCCGUGAAGAUUGUCUACUGUCCCCAGCUCUUUUUCAGACCAAAGUAAUCCCAGUGUUGAUGAAAAUGUUUGAAGUACUUGAAGAACAUGUCCGUGUGGUGCUGCUAACGCACAUAGAUGCUUAUGGAGAACUUUUCACAUUGAAAGAGUUGAAAGACAUAAUCCUUCCACAAGUUCUCUUGGGAUUACGUGACACUAGUGAUUUGCUGGUGUCUGUAACCUUGCGUGGUUUGGCUGCUUUGGUAUGUUUACUUGGACCAGAAGUGGUUGUGGGAGGAGGAAGGGUUAAGAUCUUCAAAACUACAACCCCAGGAUUUGCAAAAAUAGCAGAUGCCACCCCUGAAGGUUCUCCAGUACACUCUGCCAAUAUACAUCUAUACCAAGAGACAGAGAGCAGCUUGUCAACCGUGCUAGCUAAAAGCAACUUCCCAAAAGUGAACCAGCAUUGUUUUGUUAACAAAGAAUUGCAUAUUGAAGGGUCUUUGAAGGAGUUAACAAGGGAUGAUAUUUCCAGUCAAAAGUAUCACUUGUCACACUCUAUGAAUGGUGUUUCUGGACUCCAAAAAUCUCUCCUAAUGAACUAUGAGCAUGUACACAAAUCACCAGAAGAUUGGCCAGACUGGAAUGAGUCUGAAGGUUUCUCAAGUGAGAAAACCAUUAACCUACUGCAAAAGACACCAGUAAUCAAUGAGAAACCAGAAUCUGAGCAGUGGGUGGACUUGAGAUCAUCCAAGGAUAGUCCUGAAACUUUGGCAACAUUUGUUUCAAACAAGGCAGCAAAUGCAGAAGACACAGGAUUUACAGUUCCUUGUUUGAGCAAAAAUACAAACCAUUGGAAUGCCGACAAACAGAAUAAAGAAAUGUUUAAACCAGUAUUCAUAUUGUCAAACCCUGUACAAGAAAAAGCCCCAGAAAAGAAGUCCGAGUCUGGGUACAAUUUGGGAGAAGAAUUCACAAUAAAGGUGAAGAACAAAUGCAGAGAUGCAGAACUGGACUGGUUUGCUGACAUGACACCAGAAAUUAAACUUUCUGCUGCUUUUUCUACUCUUGGAUACCAUGAACAGCCUGGAAAUAUAAUGGAUUCUAAGCAAGAUCCUGCUAGUAAACAAACGACUACGUUUUCAUCCAAGUUUGCUGCCACCGAAGUUGCAGAGACGACAGAAGAAGGCUGGGGUGAGGAAAAUGAUUUCAGCUGGGAAGAAGAUGCCAGUACAUGGUGAUGAUUUCAGUCCAUGUUAUUUAUUUUCAAGAUGCCAGUGGCUUUGCUGACUGUCCUGGAACUGGUCAUAUGCAGAAGGCAGAGCACAUAGUAGUCACACUGAUUAUACUGACAUUUUUACUGGUUUCUUUUCUUUUUUUUCCACUUUAGAACUGGUUAAUCAUCUUACACUUUCUAGAAGGAUAAUAUGUUUUAAGAUAGGCGAUAUGAUUUUAUUAAAAGAUAUUCCUCACCUGAUGAAUGUCUUAUGCUGCUCUUCAUAGAAACUGAUAUCUACAUGGUUUUUAAUCAUUUCUUUAUUUCCCUGAAAACAAAUUGGGCAAAUUGUUUAUUGUUUUGGAAAUACACAAGGUGUUAUUCCUCAUGAUAAUCUCGGUAGGUUUUGGCGAUGAUUGUUAAAAUGAUAAAGUAGAUCAGCCAAAAUGACAGUGCUGUACAAUGCUUAGGCAGAAAUCUAGUUACAGCAAGUGUGAACAUUAUUAUAUUUUAUUUGCUUCUACUCCCAAAUAGAUCAGAUUUGCAUUUCACCAUAACAGGAUGUGAGCCUACCGGCGAUGUACCUUCACCUGCAAAAUCCAUUGUAUCUGUUUAACUGCUCCAGGAAACAAUUACAAAUAAAAUGUACACACACUUGUGGUAAUUGGGUAGAAA